AUGUCGAGCUCCUUUGAGAAAUCGGUUAAGGGGGCCACCAAGAUUAAGCGUAUCGGUGUGUCUCUCCCGGCCGUGUUGCUGACUUGCAUCUCCAAGGCCGCGCCGCCCAAGACGAAGUACAUCGAACACAUUCUCGUCGCGACACACGCCGGCGAAGCUGGCGUGGCCGAGGUCUUUCGCGCCCUGCAGUUCCGCCUCCGAGACUCGACAUGGACCGUCGUCUUCAAGAGCUUGAUUACCGUCCACCUUAUGAUCCGUGAAGGCUCCCCCGACGUCACACUCUCCUUUCUGUCGAGGCACCCAAACACGAUUGCCAUCAGCAGCUUCACGGAUGCCCAGACCCAAGGUCGGAACAUCCGGCAUUACGCCAACUACCUCAGCUCAAGAUCUAAGGCCUACCGCGAAACAAAGUGCGACUGGGUCCGAACCAAGGAAUCGAGGUUGGAGAAGCUCUCAGUGGACAAGGGCCUCCUCAGAGAGACGGAAAUCCUCCAGUCUCAGAUUUCGGCUCUGUUGAAGUGCGAUGUGCUUGAAGGCGAAGUCGAGAACGAGAUCACGGUUACUGUUUUCAGGCUGCUUGUGCUGGACCUCCUGGCUCUCUUCCAGGCUCUGAACCAGGGGAUGAUUAACAUUCUUGGCACCUUUUUCGAAAUGUCCAAGGUCGACGCCGAGAGGGCCAUGGCAAUCUACCGCACCUUCACAAAGCAGACGGAUUUCGUUGUACAGUACCUCAGCGUUGCGCGACAGUACGAGCACCAAACGAGGGUCGAGGUCCCCAAGCUGAAGCACGCACCGGUGAACUUGGGUCGACAGCUGGAGGAGUACUUACAGGACCCGGACUUCGAAGUCAACCGGAGACAGUAUAUCGCUGAACAACAAGCUAAGAAGAGUGGGAAAGGGGGUGUCUCUAAACCGUCCAGCAGCGCGUUCGACUCGAAGCCGGCGCCCGCAGCCAACAACCCUUUCCCGAGCACCAACGGCUUGUCGCAACCGAAAACCGAAACCGCCAAGGGUCCUGCGCCGGACUUGAUUGACUUCUUCGAGUCCAUUGAACAGAACCAGACGACGAUGGCUCCAAACGCUCAGCAACAUCAGGAGCAGCAGCAAAUGCCAAUGCAGACUGGGUUCGCGUCCAAUAACUCGGUGGCAAGCUUCCCAACGGGUAACACGGGCAUGCUGAGCCCCCAGGCCGGACAACAAACCACCAAUCCUUUCCGGGCAUCCAUGUUGAUGGCCCAGCAGACUGGCAUGUCUACUAAUACCGCCUUUUCCAACCCGACCAGUCCCAACCUGCAGAGGCAGUCGACGAACCCCUUCGCCAGAUCAUCACCACAGGCGCAGCAGCCUUUCUCUCCCGCUUCUAGUAACUCGCCCUUCCAGUCACAGCCGCAGCAGCUUCCGACGAUCGCUCCAUUGCAACCCAUGAUGACGGGUACUAAUCCCUUUGCGAAAAACUUCACCGGCAUUCAGUCACAACAGCAACGGCCCGCUACUAGUUCUGGGGCUCUUGCCCCGCAGCCGACAGGGACCACAAACCCCUUUCGUCAGGGUGCAUUUGUUAACCACCAAACCGGUAUGGGUUGGCAACAUAAUCAGCAGCCCAUUGGCGGCGGUCUGGACAAUGUCGAAACGGUACCCGUCUUCCCACGGCCCAUCCAGCAGAGUCCGUGGCAGACGUAA